AUGAUCUUUGACCCAGCCCCCAUCGAGCUCCCAGCCUCCUAUGAGACAGUCCCAACUACGGGUCAUAUCAAAGUCUCGCAUCAUCCAGCAGGUGCAUCAUCAGUCACACCAGUAAUCGUCGUGACGCUAAACCGUCCAGCGAACAACAAUGCCUUUACGUCGCAGAUGGUUCAUGAUUUCGAAAAGUUCUUCCCCAUGUUCGAUGUCGAUGAGCGGGUCAAGGUUAUUGUCCUGACGGGCGCCGGCAAGAUCUUCUGUGCGGGCGCAGACUUGGAUAUUGGUUUCAGAAGUAAUCGUGCACGUCCGGCUGAUCACCGUGAUGGUGGUGGGCGUGUUGCGUUGGCCAUUCAUCGCUGUCGCAAGCCAACCAUUGCAGCCAUGCAGGGCUCUGCUGUCGGCGUUGGGAUGACCAUGACUUUACCAGCUAUUAUUCGCAUUGCCUAUGAAAAGGGCAAGUACGGCUUCGUUUUCGGUCGGCGAGGGAUCAAUAUGGAGUCUUGCUCCUCAUAUUUCCUGCCUCGUCUGAUCGGUUUCUCGAAUGCCAGCUAUCUCGUAAGCACUGGGGGUGUGUUCCCACCUAAUUCAAAGCAUUUCGGUGAUCUCUUCAACGAGAUCAUGCCCGACCCUUCAAAGGUCCUGCCACGAGCUCUCGAGCUGGCCACGGAGAUUGUAGAGAAUGUCAGUCCUACAUCGCAGUAUCUUAACCGUGCACUGAUGUGGCGCAAUCCGGGAACUGCAGAGGAGGCUCAUUUGCUGGAAUCGGCUGUCAUCUGUCACACGUUUGGAUCAGAGGAUCAGAAAGAGGGUGUCAAGGCUUUCUUUGAAAAGCGUAAGCCGAUUUUCCGUGCAAAUUUGGAUGACAACCCGCCUGUUAAUGUGCCGUGGUGGAGUGAGGUCGACACUGGGCGGAACCCGAAGGCCAAGGUUGCGUCGAAGCUGUAG